UCAUUGAUUGAUCUUUGCAACCAAGGAAAUCUUCAAGAAGCCGUUAAUUCGUUACCCCUUUUAGAUAGAAAAGCCAUACAAUUAAAUUCUGAAACUUUUUCAUUUCUCUUAAAUAUUUGUGCAAAGACUAGAUCACUUAAAGAUGGAAAAAGGGUGCAUCUUUUUAUGAAAUGUACUGGUAUGAAACACCCCAAUACAUUAGUUUCGAAUCAUCUUAUGCAUGUGUACUUUGAAUGUGGUGAUCACAUUGAAGCACGCAAGGUGUUCGAUAAAAUGAUUGUGAGAAAUUUGUUUAGAUGGAAUAAUGCACUUUCUGGGUACGUUAAAAUAGGUAUGAUUAAUGUUGCUAGGAAGCUAUUUGAUAAAAUGGUUGAAAGGGAUGUUGUAUCUUGGAAUACAAUGAUAAUUGGGUAUGCACAAGGUGGAAAUUAUAGUGAAGCUUUGAGGUUUUACAGGGAGUUUAGGAAGGAAUCUAUUGGGUACAAUGCUUUUAGUUUUGCUGGUAUUUUGACUGCUGGAAUGAAAUUGAAGGAUGUGGGAUUAAAUAGGCAAGCACAUUGUCAAAUUUUGGUAUCUGGAUUCCUUCCAAAUGUGGUUCUUUGUAGCUCAAUUGUUGAUGCUUAUGUUAAAUGUGGAGAGAUGAGUGAUGCUAGGACGUUGUUUGAUGAGAUGAAGUUUAGGGAUAUUCCAACUUGGACUGCAUUGAUUUCAGGGUACUGCAAAUGGGGGGAUAUGAAAUUAGCUCAAGAAUUGUUUGAUAAGAUGCCUGCUAAAAAUCCUGUGUCGUGGACAGCUAUGGUUUCGGGAUAUGCUCAAAAUAAUUUUGGAGAAGCUGCACUUGAUUUGUUUAGGAAAAUGAUGUUGUUUCGUGUCAGUCCUGAUCAGUAUACUUUCAGUAGUGUGCUUUGUGCUUGUGCUAGUCAAUCUUUAUUAAAGCACGGUAAACAAAUACAUGGGUAUAUGAUAAGAAUUUGUUUUAGGCCUAAUAAUGUGGUUGUGAGCGCACUCAUUGAUAUGUAUUCUAAAUGCGGAAAUCUAAAACUUAGCCAACAGGUGUUUCUCUUGAUGGGUAAUAAGCAAGAUGUUAUGUCAUGGAACCCCAUGAUAGCUGCAAUGGCACAGCAUGGUUACGGGGCAGAGUCAAUUUCAGUGUUUGAUGAGAUGGUUCAUUAUGGAGUUAAACCAAAUAGAGUAACCUUUGUUAUACUUCUUAGUGCUUGCAGUCAUUCAGGUCUUGUAAAGGAGGGACUUAGUUUCUUCAAAUCCAUGACUGAUGUUCAUGGCAUAUCUCCUGAUGAGGAACACUAUGCUUGCCUGAUUGAUCUCUUGGGUAGAUCAGGACGUUUCGAUGAGCUGAUGAAACAGUUGGAAGAGAUGCCAUGUAAAAAGGAUGGCAUGAUAUGGAAUACCCUGGUUGGUGUUUGUCGGAUUCAGGGGAACGUUGAGGUUGGAAAACAAGCUGCAGUAAACAUUAUCAACCUAGAUCCAGCAUCUUAUGCUCCGUAUUUACUGCUCUCGAGCAUACAGGCUGCAUCUGGUGAUUGGAAGAGUGUGGAAAUGACUAGGAGGCUAAUGGACCAGAGGUGUCCCAGAAAAGAACAAGCCAAUAGUUGGGUAAACUAAUAGCAAGUUUCUUGCUCUGGGCCUUCAGUAAUUUCUGCUUACCUCUGGACAGAUGUAUUUUAUGACCAGGUGCAUAUGCUUCUGGUAUGACUCAAUUGCUUCUGUUCAAUAUAAACGAAGGCUUUUUCGUCA